GGAAAUAUAGCAACAAAAGUAAAGAAGAUACUUAUCGAAGGCAUAGUAGUAAACCGCAAGGCCUAAAGUCUCCAAACUCAGACCACACCUCGAUCGAAGCCUACCAAUUCGGGAUUUUAGGCCUUGUUCGAUAUAGCUUUAGUGGUGUUGUGUGA